AUGGCCGAACCACCGCAUUUCCUGGCUGACACUGAAACGCGGCGAAAAUGCAUCAUGUACGAGUACCUUCGUGGGAAAAGCGUCGACGAAACGCUUCAAGAGAUGGGAAAAACCAAUCGGAUGACAGGACCACAAUUCGAUGUGGAUGGUCAGGAGGAGAGGGACGAGGUGGAAUUUUUCUUCGUAAAAUUCAAAUCUGGAGAUUUUCGAUUGCACCUUAACAAGAGCAGGAAGGAUCUACUACCGAAUCUUCUCAAUCAUGAAGAGAUAAACCGGAAGGACAAGGUCAAAUUCUUCGCAACCCAACUUCAAAAGUCUUCCAACAACCCUGUGAUCCAAGAAAUGGAAAUCUUCGCUAGCACCGAAUUUCCGGAAAGUGUCAUGAUUGGAAUCGAAAUCCCAAAAGUUUCUCGUGAAUGCGUCCACUAUCACAAAUGCGACACUGGCAUCGUUGCUCGCUAUAUCAGAGCCACAGAGCUCAUGGUGUCAACAGCAUAUACCUAUCAGGAUAUCGCGCUGAUCGAUACUAACGUUUUCUUGAAGGAUUUCCAGAAAGGGACCGGAUCGAUAAAUUCGCUGAAGAUUCAUGCUGAUGAGCCAUUGGAGAACGAAUUUUACAAUAAACUAAUUGAGAAAUUCCGACAGAAAGAAUGGAAGCUGGAUGACAAGAAUCUUGUGACGAAUCUUGUGGUGAUCAAUAAAUCUUUGCAUUUGUCGAGGUGUGUCGAAAUGGCUCGUAUCUUUCCUAGUAAGACGGUAGAGAUCAAGAAAGAGAAGUUGGACGAGAGGGAUGCUGAGAACUUUGCACAGUUUAUGCGAACCCCCGAUCUGAAAAUCAACACGCUCACUGUCUCAAUAUCCGAAACAGCUGGCCCCACACUGACCGGCACAAUGGAAUUGUACGAAGAUCUAAUUGGAAGAGCUAUCAACGGCUUCACUGUGGAUUAUAAAUAUGGGGAAGGUAAAAUUGUGUUCACGAGAACUGAAGAAGGAUCCUCCAGCACUGGACGCCCUCCUGCACCCAAAGAUGACAGAUCCAGAUCUAAAAGAAGACCCAGUUUGUCUCGUAUUCCACCAGUUAGCCGUUCUUCUUCGCAACAAAGACAGUCUACUUCUGGACAAUCGACUACUGGACAAUCGACUACUGGAGCAUCGCCUUCUAGAGCAUCGACUUCUGGACCACCUAGACAAUCCAGAUCACCAUUGACUAGAGCUGGAUCAUUCAGAAGACCAUCCAGAUCCCCAAGUACAUCUGUUCAAGGAGCAUCCAAGCCAGCACUACCAAAACCCAAACAUUGA